UUGUAAUACUCAUUUUUUAAAAAAUAAUCCCAAAAAGGAAAGUAUUAACGUUAUGCGAAUAUCAUCCUAAAAAGCCCAAGGAUUAAAAUAAGAUUCGUCAUUCUUCGACUCACUCAGCUGUUUUUUAGAAGAGGAAGAAGAAAAAAAAUGAAAGGAAUCGAAGAUAAAUCACUGGACAUCGCUAUAAUAAAGGAUAUUUUGCGACAGCAAACCCUGAAACGGGGCGUGGAAGACUAUCCCGGUCAGCAGCAAAACGAUAUCGAUUACGCCAAAUCGAAAAACGAAGCUAACAAUAUCGCGAAAAAAUCGGGUAAAAGAAACCGUUUCGGCGGCAAGAAAAAUUCGGCAAUGUACGUUUGCUACGUUUUAGUAAUUUUGCUGUUCACCGGUUUGCUCAGGGAAUAUGUGAGGAUCCUAGAACUCAAAAUGCUACUUCAAAAUUGCGCUUCGGAAAAACAUUCGAUCAAUUCGCAGAUGGAUAUAUUGUACGACCAAAGGAUGAGUCUAAAGAGUUUGAUAGAUCGCGAAAGGGAGAUAAACCAAAAGUCUCAAUCAGAGUGGAACGCGAAAGAAGGAACGCUAACCGCGAAAUCCAAGAAAUGCGACGAGGAUCUGACCAAGGAAAGGGAACGAUCCAAGGUGGUAACCAAGCAGAGGACCGACGAGCGCAAGAUGUGGCAAAUAGACAAGAAAAAAUCGCGGGACACCUUGGCGGCCAAGUACCAAGCGGAACUGAACAAUAAAACCAUGGCGCUCGGCUCCAGUUUGCAGAGGUACAAAGUCGACGCCAGGUCCCUGAAGGAUAAAUUGAAUUCUUGCAGCGGGAAGGAGACGGCAAGUCAGAAGAUAAUCGACGAAUUGGGGAAAAAAAUUCUGGCCCUUGAAACUAAGCUCAACGAUCAAAUUACAGGGAUUGUGGCACAGAACAAGGAAACGGAUGUUAACAAUCAGGAAGAAAACAUCAUUUAA